UCCUGAGACCUGAUGUCCAUUAUAAUGGACAUCGAGUUUCCUGUCCUGCUGUCAAAGAUUCUGCAUUUUCUGUUGUAAUACCUGUGGCACAUUUGAAUGGACUGGAUGCUGUAGCCAUCUGGUGGGAGAAACAGUCACUACGAUUACUUGGCACCAAGUAGCAGCUUUGUUUUUGAUGUGUUACAAUAGCAGGUGAGUUCUCCAUCAUUAUUGUGUAUUUUUCGAAAUUUAUUUUAUGAAAAAAAGGACCUAUUGUAGACAGUAUCUAUAAGUGGUGCUUAUACAACCUUUCUGUGCAAUAAGGUUUGGUAGUACUGUGUAUUUCCAUAAAUUAUCUUUGCAAAACAGUAAUGUCCACUGUAGUGGACGCUGGGACUUGAAGUCACAUUUCUGAGCACUAUUUCGUAGGCAUUAGUGGUGAUUACCUUCGCUAAUUUCCAAUACAUUUCGUGUUGUGACUGCUGCUCAGUGACAUUAUCUGAUACACCACUAUAAUUAUUUUCUGUAAGGAAAGUAGACACUAUGUUAAAACAAUUAUUUUCUUAAAGGAUACAGAUCAAAGCUAAGUUCAGAAGAAAUUUUAGAACUUCUCUUGAAUGGAGACAUGUCAGAUCUUGAGAUUAGUGAGGAGGAGGAUGGUGAUUUUGAUCUGGCAGGUGAUGCUGUGCAGCAACGCAAUGUUCCUUCCCCAAAUGAACAUAGUAGCAGCAGUACUGAUAAUUCUGAUGAUGCCGAGAGUUCUUCACAGAAUUGCAGGAUGUUUUGGGAGAAAUGCGAAAGGUUUGAGGGACUCCAGGCUACCUUCUCACCCACGGAAGUUGCAGAACAUAAUGAGAAGCAGAUCAUGGACUACUUUCAGCAAUACUUUGACUUGGCCUUUUUUAGGAUACGUCUGAACUUGACAAUAUGAGAUAUUUACAGCAGACUGGAAGGUCUUUAAAGCUGUCUGCCAAGGAAUUGCAGGUAUUUAUUGGAGCAACAAUACU